CUCUGUUCAUGUUUUGGCCAUAGGUUUGCUUUAAGAAAUAGUGCUCCCCUCAGAAUGGAAGAAGGCAUCUGCCUGUGUGAUGAGGUUCAGAGCUAAGAUGGCUGACUAAAUAAACAUGGGGGACUGGAAUCUCCUUGGAGGUAUUCUGGAGGAAGUUCACAUCCACUCUACCAUGAUUGGAAAGAUCUGGCUCACCAUCCUGUUCAUAUUUCGAAUGCUUGUUCUGGGUGUAGCAGCUGAAGAUGUCUGGAAUGAUGAGCAGUCGGGCUUCAUCUGCAAUACAGAACAACCGGGCUGCAGAAAUGUAUGCUACGACCAGGCCUUUCCUAUCUCCCUCAUUAGGUACUGGGUUCUGCAGGUGAUAUUUGUGUCUUCGCCAUCCCUAGUCUACAUGGGCCAUGCUUUGUACCGCUUGAGGGUUCUAGAGAAGGAGAGACAGAGGAUGAAAGCUCAGUUAAGAGCAGAACUGGAGGGGAUAGAGUUUGAAAUGUUGGGGGAUCGGAGGAGACUGGAGCGAGAGCUUUGUCAGUUGGAGCAAAGGAAACUAAAUAAAGCUCCCCUCAGAGGAACCCUGCUUUGCACGUACGUGAUACACAUCUUCACUCGCUCUGUGGUUGAAGUUGGGUUCAUGAUUGGACAGUACCUUUUAUAUGGAUUUCAUUUAGAGCCUCUAUUUAAAUGCCAUGGCUACCCGUGUCCAAAUAUAAUUGAUUGUUUUGUCUCAAGACCAACAGAAAAGACAAUAUUUCUAUUAUUUAUGCAAUUCAUAGCCACUAUUUCACUUUUCUUAAACAUGCUAGAAAUUUUCCACCUAGGUUUUAAAAAGAUUAAAAGAGGACUUUGGGGACAAAAUAAAUUGAAGGUGGAACACAAUGAAUUCUAUGCAAACAAGUCAAAACAAAAUCUAGCCAAAUAUGAGGGCACGUCUGCAAAUUCACUGAAGCGACUCCCCUCUGCUCCCGAUUAUAAUCUGGUAGUGGAAAAGCAAACGCACCCAGCGGUGUAUCCUAGCUUAAAUUCAUCUUCUGCAUUUCAAGCAGACCCGGACAAUCACAGUGUAAAUAAUGAGAAGUGUAUUGUGGAUGAACAGGAAACUGUACUUUCUAAUGAGAUGUGCACACUCAGUACUUCCUGCAGUCCUCUUGGACACAUUGGCUCGAAUAACAACAAAGACAAUCACAAGAUAUUUGAAAAAGAAGUUAAUGAUAAGCAGUUAAGGGAAAAAAGAGAAAUGAAUGCCAAAGGCAGCAAAAGAAAUCACUACUCUAGAGACCACUGUUCUAUUCCAGGUGUUGUUAUAGAUCUGGAAAAUCACAUGGGGCAGUCACCCCAAACAACUUUCUCCCUGCCAGCUCACUGCAGCUGGAAACUGAGGAGGGUCAGUGCUAGGUGGGGUUCCUCUAUGGAAGAUGAAAACUUGGGCUCACCUCCCAAACAGAACCUCAAAGAGGGCACAACCAAAACUGUUCCUCCUUCACGGAGAGACUCCCAACGACUUGAUAUCCCAAACACUCCUGAUUCUUUGGGGGAGUUGUCCUUUGAGCCUGACUUUGUUAGAACCUGCAAUAAUUCUACUGUCUGUCCUCCAAAUCAUUUAGUGUCCCUGAUGAACAACCUCAUUGGUAGGCGGGUGCCUACAGACCUUCAGAUCUGA